AUGGUGGACAAAGGGGAAAUAACGAAGACGCCCUCGCCGCUGAAUAUCAACGACGCGAUCGAGGGCGAGGUAUUGAAUCAAAAGACUGCUAGGAGUAAGUAUCAGAGAAAACGUUAACUUUCCGUUCCGAUCGGAAGGGAAUCUGAAAAUAAAUAAAAACUUCAGUUAUUUCUCAUCUUUUCAUUCAGUAGCUUCGUCUACUGGAUGAAACGAGCGAAAAAGUUUACAACACUUUCUUUCUCUGCUUUCCUGAUUCGGAGAAACUACGAUUUUUAGAAAUCUCUCUCUGAAGGAAAAUGUUGUGUGAAAGAGGUCGUUCGGAAAGUUCAGUGAAUCGAAAUAAUAAAAUAAUGAAAUGUUGAUUUUUUGAUCAAACAACAAUGCGACGAUUCUUUCUUGAAAGGAACAAACACUUUGGGGACCGAUGUUCAAUUGAUGCAACGUUUCAUCACACUGCAAAUUUCUUUGAUCAAUCUGUCGCGGCAGAAACCACGUACCAUUUAUUUAUUUCGUUAACUUCGACUUUUCCUCCACUUACUUCAAUUUCUUUUCUUUCUGUUUUAUUAUCGCGAUAAGUCUAAAAAAUUUUUCCCUGAAUUUCCUGAACAAUCCAACAUAAACUAAAGGAAACAAAUCUUGACUAAAGCGCUGAAACAACUGAAAGGUCCCGAAGAGACACACUUUUCAAUAGUUCUAACGAAAAAUCUCCCGUUUCCUUAGUACUUAGGAACGAUCUUCUAUUGUACGAGGCUGUGAUAAAAAACGAAGCGGAUACCGUUCGCAAAGUGCUCAAAGAGACGGUGGACGUCAAUUCCAGGAACAAUUAUGGUCGUGCGCCGAUUCACUGGGCAGCGUCCAGAGGGAACACGGAGAUCAUCGAGAUGCUGAUACAGGCGAAAUGCGACAUCGAAGCCAGAGACAAGUUCGGCAUGCGUCCGUUACACAUGGCGGCGCGAUAUGGGCACAGGGACGCCGUGAAAAUGUUAAUCAACGCCGGGGCAAGCGUGUCGGCGGUGAACAAGAAGCAACACACUCUCUUAAUGUGCGCUGCUCAAGGCAACAACGUUCACGUGAUCGAGUACCUCGCGGAGGCAGUGGAAUCGUUGAACGGAGAUGCAACCGAUUGCACCGGUGCAACCGCUCUUCAUCACGCGGCCAGCGCUGGUCACCCGACUAUGAUAACCGCGCUCGCCAACGUGCCAAGAAUCGAACUGAAUGCCACGGAUAAAAAAGGUCAGACGCCGGUGCACUAUGCGUGCACGCAGGAGCAUCUAGAAGCGGUGGAAGUUUUAAUAGGACUGGGAGCGAACGUGGACGCCCAAGACAGCGAAGGGAACACAUCGCUUCACGUGGCCACGAGAACGAGGCACACGGCUAUAGCUCAAUUGCUGUUAAGAACCGGGGCGAACACGGAAUUAAUCGACGAGAUGGGCUUCACUCCGCUUCACGUGGCUGCCAGUCAGGGUUGCAAAGGGAUACUAGACUCGAUGAUUCAACACGGCGCCGCACUCAACAAACAAUGCAAGUACGGGAACACGCCUUUGCACUUGGCUUGUCAAAACAACGAGGUUGAAACGGUCGAGAUACUGAUCAAUAAAGGCGUCGAUCUCAACUGCUUGAACUCGGUGCGUACCAGUCGUUUUUCUUUUUUUCUUUUUUUUGUGUGUGUGUAUUUGCGUCGAUCACCAAUUUUACGUUUUUCACUCGUUCGUCCACACCGAUCCGAUCCGAUUCUGUUGCAGAGAUUACAGUCACCGAUUCACAUUGCCGCGGAAAUGGGGCACACGGAUAUUUGCGAGCUCUUGUUGGCGGCAGGUGCGAAUAUCGAGCAACGGGAACAGGUGAACCAACGAUCCUGUUAUCUCCUUUUCGUAAUUUCGUUCUCCCCUAUUUGUCUUUUAACAAUGUAUCGCAUUUGCGUUACACUCGUACGAAGCAGUUUGGAAUUUCCAGUUGGCAUUGCUACACUGCCUCGACUGUCGCGGCCACUUGUCUGGAUCUGUUCACAGGGUGGGAAAACGCCGCUUUACAUUGCGGCGAGGGGCAGUUUCACAGCUAUCGUCGACAUGAUAAUUAAAACCGCGAGACUGGACUACCCGACGCCGGAAGAUUCGACAUCCGACAAAGAAAUUCGGGAUCUAACGCCAGCUAGGAGAAGAUGGCGAGAAGGCUCGAGGGGUGGAAGUAUCUCCAGUAACAAUGGCGCUCUUUCGGAGCACAUUCGAUCGAUUUUGUGGAAGUUGGCGUACAAACAAUUGGGACCCGAAGAUUGGAAGAAACUGGCGUUACACUGGGCGUUCACGUACGAUCAGAUUCAAGCGAUCGAGCACCAGUACACUGGUCCUUCGAGUUACAAGGAACACGGUUUCCGAAUGCUGAUGAUCUGGGCAUCAGGAUUAAAUCCUGAGAUCUCUGUGGGCAAAGAACUCUGCGACGCAUUGUCCGCGGUGGAUAAAAAUUCCAUAGCUGGUAAAAACAUCUCUCGAUAUACCGAUUCUCUGUAUGAGAAAUGUGUGAAAAUCGUAGAGAGGAAACUAUCGUUGAAAUUUCAGAAUCCGUACGAAAGCACAUGGAUCAAGAGAAAGAAGGGAAGACGAAAUUGAACAAACAGCGAUGCCACAAAUGCUCCAUCACUUAA